AUGUCAAUUUCAGGUAGUCAGCUAGAAAUGACUCAAACCGAUCCUCCACACUCUAGUCUCGUCCCAACAAGGGAAGCCGACGAAAAUGUUGUGAUCCCCCUUGACGAUCCGUCUAUUAUGCAGCGGGAGGACGGGUGGGCCAUUCCCGUACCGAAGGCCGUAGGUAUCGGAACCGAGUCGUACGUCACUAAUGGGGGAAUGGCACAACCAUGGCAAGACGGCGUCAAAGAGGUUGAAAAGCAUGUACAGAACACGGAUCGCCCGCCGCGUCCGGAACGAACAGGAAGCCUUAUUCGCGACUCGAUUUCCAUAUCCAUUUCCACUCCCUCUGAUCAAGACACGGCAAGUGAGGUCCGGCAAAGGACGUCACGACAGUAUCAAGAUGGGAAAGGUAGAGAACAGACCUUUGUUGAAGGUCACGAAGAUGGAGAUGGAUCUGCGGGAUGUGAUGGACGUAUGGACAUUUAUUGGGAAAAUGUUCGAUACUCUGUGACGGUCGGACGCGGGAAAUCGAAAAAGGAAAAGGAGAUUCUAAAGGGUGUGUCAGGACGGGCUCGUCCUGGAGAGAUGGUUGCCAUCAUGGGAGGAUCGGGUGCAGGAAAGAGUACGCUUUUAAAUGUCUUGGCUGGGCGGGUGCCAACCGGCACACCCACAGGCGUUAUUCUCGCCAACGGACGCAUCCGAGAAAAGCGAACAUGGAAGAGAUUGGUUGGUUACGUCGAACAAGAGGACUUGAUGUACGAAAACUUGACAGUUCGCGAAACCCUCACUACAGCCGCUUUGCUCCGUCUCCCAAAUAGUCGAUAUACCAAAGACCAAAAACUGGCGCGUGUCGAUGAGGUUUUAGCAGAGUUGGGUUUAACGCAUGUGGCGGAUUCUAGGAUUGGGAAUUCCCAGAUGGGCGGGAUAUCUGGUGGCGAAAAGAAACGAGUGUCGAUUGGUAUUGAACUCGUCACGAAUCCAGGAACGCUCUUUCUGGACGAACCGACAACAGGUCUCGACUCUGCAACGGCACGGAACAUUUGCGAUAUGUUGAAAAACCUAGCAAAAAAGAGCGGGAAAACGAUUAUCAUGACGAUCCAUAUGCCGCGAGAAACUAUUUUGGAUAUGAUUGAUCGGGUCGCGCUCAUGUCAUAUGGCAAGAUGGUCUGGUUUGGACCUGCCAAAGAUGCGUUAAAGCAUUUCGCUCAACUGGGAUACAAGUGUCCACCUCAGACCAACCCCGCAGACUUCUUUCUUGAUCUCAUCCAGGUUGAUACGCGGGAUCCUACAUCCCAGGAAAGACUCAAGAAACUUUUGGACGCAUGGGACAGGGUGUCGACACAGUAUGUGAAACCGAUUGAUAGUGCCCUGCGGGAGACCGCAACGGGACAGCAGCAAGCGCUCAAGGAAAAGAAAGGUGCACGACAUAAAGUGGAAGACGAUUGUCAUAUUGAUCGCUGGGCUGUACCCUGGCCGGUGGAAUGCGGUGUAUUAUUGCAGAGGAACUUGAAGCAUGUUUGGCGUAGCAAGAUUAUCAUUAUCUCGACGCUCAUACAGCAAUUUAUCCUUUUUCUUAUUAUUGGGUUUGUCUUUUUCCGGAUAUCGGAUGACCAGGCGGGUGUUCAAAACCGAUAUGGAGUCUUAUUCUUUAUUUGUAUCAAUCAGACAUUUUCGUUCCUCAUGCCCAUCAUCACCGUGUUCCCACUCGAACGACGCAUCAUCCUCCGAGAACGUGCUGCAGGAUCAUACCGAGUUUCCGCGGCUUACCUCGCAAAAUCUCUCUCCCAAUGGCCUCUAGCCAUCUGCGCAUCCCUCUUGUUUAGUCUGCCCGUAUAUUGGCUCAUAGGGCUGCAGCCAAAUGUGGGUCGAUGGAUUUUGUUUAUUGUUAUUACGCAAUGUCUGGUUUUUGCGGCGCAGAGUUUGGGGAUGCUUAUUGGGUCCAGUGUUCCAAAUGUGCAAAUGGCUCAAGUGUUUGGACCGCUCGUUGUGGUUCUGUUUGUUAUUUUUGGAGGAAACUUUGCGAAUCAGGAUAGUAUUACGCCGGUUUUGAGGUGGAUUCAAUGGAUAUCAAUCAUUCGUUAUGCGUAUGGGGCGUAUAUGCAAAACGAAUUUUACGGACUAGAGUUUCAGUGUCCGGGGGGAGGUGGUGGUGCAAGCGGAGGUGCACUCUGUGCAGCUCAAGGAGAGCAAAUCGUUAAAUCGUUUGGACUGGACACACCUUCGAAAGCAGUGUGUAUUAUCGUGCUUGUGGGUCUUGGACUGGCGUUUCAAGUACUGGCUGCACUGGUACUGCGACGGACGACGAGAUUGAGAAUCAAGAUCAUUUAA